AGUGGCAGUCUAUUUUCUUAACCCGCAGUCCACCUACACGGCUGCCCUGCAUCCGUACAAUUCCACAACGACCAGAGCGCGCCCCCAACGAACUGACAGAACGAGCGAGCGAGCGAAGGAAAGAGCGAGAAAGAUGGCGCAGGUGUGGGCGGUGUCCCUGGCCGUGGCGUCGCUCGCCAUCGGCAUGCUCGGGGUGCUUGGAGUCUGGAUCUGCUACCUCUUCGACGCCGUGGCGCGGGGCUGCGCGCCCCCGACCCCGCCGCCGACGCCCCAGACGGCGUCGGAGGAGGCGGCCGACGACGACGCUGACGAUUUCAAGAACGGGCUCUCGGAGGCGGAGCUGAGGCGGCUCGGUGGGGUCGUCGUUGCAGAGUCAGGGGACGGCGAGGAGCAGGAGAAGGAGGCGCUCUGCCCUAUAUGCCUCGACGCCAUGGAGCCCGGCCGCGCCGUGCGCGUCCUCCCCGGCUGCAACAGCGCCUUCCACCAGGACUGCGUCGACCGGUGGCUUGCCAUCUCGCCGCGCUGCCCUGUCUGCAACGUUUGGGCCGCGCCUCCAUCUCCCGCUGCCUCGCCGCCGGCGCCCAAGACCGGUUGGGAUUCUUGAGGUGGGGCCGUGGGGGCGACGCGUCUUCUCUAGCACCUGGCGGGUCAGUUCUUGGUUCUUCACGAGUUCUUAGUUCGGUUCUGAUCAUUGAUCAAGAAGCGUUCUUGAUGAACUCUCGUCGGUUUCAUACUUCCGGGGAGCGAUUCUUGAUGAAAUCUUGGCGGCUACGUGAUACUGUGAAGUAUUCUUGGACGGGAUUGCAUGUACAUUGGCUCAAUCCUGUUCUUGCUCGAAAUCAAUAGGUUUUGCAGGUUUUGGCCUUGUUCUUGUAACAUAGCAUCAGCUUUCAACGGAUUUGGUCUUGCUGAUGAAUGAGCUGGAUAAAGAUGAUGUCAAAGCAUCAUUUUCGUUGUGGGGUUGCAUAUUGUGUCUUUGAUCUGUAAUUGGCAGAUGGAAUGCAUGUAGCUGUGCAUUUCUGCACCUUUGAUGUGGUUAAUAAUCAGAGGUGGCUUUUGAAUAUUCUGCAUCCUGAUGUGGUGUAUGUAGCACUGGGUUAAUGGCUCUUUGAGAUCGUCAGUUUUAUACUUCUAUUGCUGCUUCAGUUACAUUGUCAUUAAGUUUCUGAUCAUAUGUUUUUAAAGAUUAAAGCUGGUUCCCAACGUCCCUUUAAC